AAUCAAGCGACUCGUGGAGAGACGGCAAGGUGUAACUGGUGCUGGAGGUAGGCUUCAAGCUAUCCGAAUGGGUCCACUGUGUGGUAGUAGAAAUGUCCAACGAAGUGCUACACUCUGGUGGGAGUUGCUGGUUGAGAAUUGUAGAACGAAUUUUUCUCUGCCGUUCACGAGCGUUUUUGUGGCGGAGGUGCGACGGUACGAGUGACGAGAGACGAGAUACGAUUAGGGGGCAGGGAUGGUUGGAUGGUGCUGCUGCUGCUGCUGCUGCUGGAGGUCCUGCUGCAACGACGAUAGGGUGCCGCUGCUGGGCUGUCCGGCUCCGCCCGGAAGGCGCUGGUGGCUCCGUUUGGCAUGAAGUUGUGAGGACCAACGCACGUGACCUGGCGAUGUGGGCGAGGAGGAGCCUUUUGCCCAAUGCGGAAGUCUCCUGGUGGGAGGAGAGUUGCCACGACGAGCCAUGAAGAAAAGGUGGAGGGGCCGUUUGGGAAUCUGGCCGGCAGUUAAACUGGUGUAGAAUAAUUUUUUCAUUGCACCGCCUGGCUGGUGAGGCAAUAAUACCAGCAGAACUGACCCGUCAGCCCUGGCG